AUGGAAGAGGACUAUGAAAAGUACUGCCGAAUUUGCCUAGACGUCGAAUCUAAGCAUAUAUCAAUAUUCGACGACCCCUCUGUGCAGUUACAUAUUAAAUCCUGCCUUCCAGUAAAUAUUACUGAAAAUGAUCUCCUUCCUAAUAAUAUUUGUGAGACCUGUGUGAUUCAGCUACGUAACUUUUAUCAUUUUCAACUCAACGCAAGCUGUUCAAACGAUUGGUUAGAAACAACCAUACAAGAAAAACGAAAACCAGGCGAGCUGAAAACUUUUAUUCAUCCAUUACCAGACUCUGAAUAUAACUCAGAUUCCCUUCUUGAAUUCUUAAAUAACACAGCUAAUAUAGAAGAGUAUUUAAACAACUUUGGUAAGGAGGAUAUACCAAGCAUAGUAAAUAUGUUAGACAGAUCAGAAUUUAAAAAAGUACCAAGCCCUAAAAAGAAAGCUGUUAAUAUGGAUAUAGAUGUUUUAGACUCUGAUAUAGAGAUAGUGAAAGAAUUACUACAGAAAGAAUCAAAACCAAAAACAAAUGAAAAUUUACAUUCAUGUUUUGCUUGUAAUGAAACUUUGGACAGCAUUCAAACAUUAUCUAGGCAUUUAAGUGUUUGUGAGAGUGCAAGCCGUACAUGUGUUCUAUGUAAAAAAUUGUUCAAUUCAAAACACAAAAUGAUCCAGCAUCUACUUACUCAUAACAUAACAGCACCUCUAACUUGUACUUGCGGUAGAAAGUUUAAUAAUAAAGAGAAGUUAAUGUUGCACACCAAAUUUUGCAAUGUAGACCAUAUAGCAUCCAUGGGCUUCAUGUAUAGGUGUAAGCAAUGUAAGGAGACCUCUUCAGAACGGUUUCAGCUCUUCAAACACGCCAAAAAGCAUAUAUUACAGGAAGUACAAAGAAUGUGUGAUAUCUGCGGUCAUUCAUUUAUGGGUAAUGACGGUCUAAAUAAACACAAGAAGAAAGAACAUAGUGAUUUAAAUAAUUGUAAAUAUAAGUAA